GUCCCCAUUUCGCGUCUCAAUUAACGCGAAAUUGUGGCCAGGGACUAAACCAAAUUUCCUAAAUCUUCAACCCCUCGAUCGAUAACCGUGAUACUCCUCCACUAUCGAUUCCAGACUUCAUGAUACCCGUCUAAUCAAUCCAUACACUACAACUCACACGAAUACCGACUGAAAAUACAUAAAGAUCGAGAUACCACAUAGUCGGUGUGCAAGAUGGAUCGCCAAUCCGUCUACUCAGUCUCUGUUUUCAAUUCGAAUUCGGGGCCAAACGAAGAUACUCGACUUCAGAUACAAGAACAACUAAUUACCUUUAUUCUCCAAUUUAGACACGACAACAAUUUCGUCUAUCGAGAUCAAUUACGAGAAAAUGCGCUGUUGAAAAAAUACUACUGUGAUGUCAACAUCACAGAUCUAAUUAAGUAUAAUGAAGAACUUGCGCAUAGAUUGGUGACAGAACCAGCCGAGAUUAUCCCUCUGUUCGAAGGUGCUCUAAAGAAAUGUACACAUCGAAUCGUCUUCCCUCACGAACCUAAGGCAGUUAUUCCCGAACACCAACUGCUACUCCACUCCAACGCCGAAGAUGUAUCGAUCCGCAACUUGGAUUCCGAGACUAUAGCAAGACUAGUUAGGGUACCCGGUAUUGUAAUUGGAGCCUCGGUUAUGUCUUCCAAGGCUACAGAGUUACAUAUUCAAUGCCGAAACUGUCUACACACCCAGAUGAUCCCCGUAUUAGGUGGAUUCACUGGAGUUACACUUCCGCGAACGUGUGGUCGCCAAAGACCUGCGAACGAUCCAUCCGAAAAGUGUCCCCUUGAUCCAUACUUCAUCACCCAUGAGAAGUCGAAAUUUGUAGACCAACAAAUCAUCAAACUCCAAGAAGCCCCCGACCAAGUACCAGUAGGAGAACUUCCGCGACACGUUCUCAUCUCUGCAGACCGAUACCUCACAAACAGAGUUGUGCCAGGGUCAAGAUGUACAAUUAUGGGUGUCUUCUCCAUCUACCAAAACAAAGGUUCCAAGAACUCGUCCACGGGUGGCGCGGUAGCUAUCCGAACCCCCUAUCUAAGAGCAGUAGGUAUUCAAACAGACGUGGAUGCUACGGCCAAAGGCCACUCGGUAUUUUCCGAGGAAGAAGAGCAAGAGUUCAUGGAACUCAGUCGAAGACCAGAUCUUUACAACAUCAUGGCCGACUGCAUUGCUCCUUCAAUUUACGGAAACCGGGAUAUUAAGAAGGCUAUAUUGUGCCUACUGCUCGGUGGCUCAAAGAAGAUUUUGCCUGACGGCAUGAAACUGAGAGGUGAUAUCAACGUGCUCCUCCUCGGUGACCCUGGUACGGCGAAGUCGCAGUUGUUAAAAUUCGUCGAAAAGGCCGCUCCCAUCUCAAUCUACACCUCCGGAAAAGGUUCUUCAGCAGCUGGUUUAACAGCCUCUGUACAAAGAGACCACUCCACGCGAGAAUUUUACCUGGAAGGAGGUGCGAUGGUAUUAGCAGACGGUGGUGUAGUCUGUAUUGACGAGUUCGACAAGAUGCGAGACGAGGAUCGUGUCGCAAUCCACGAAGCUAUGGAGCAACAGACUAUUUCCAUUGCUAAGGCUGGUAUAACGACGAUUCUCAACGCACGAACUUCAGUCCUCGCUGCUGCUAACCCCAUAUUUGGUCGCUACGAUGACAUGAAGACGCCUGGCGAGAACAUCGAUUUCCAAACCACAAUUUUGUCACGUUUCGACAUGAUCUUCAUCGUGAAAGAUGACCAUACCCGCGACAAGGACGAGCGUAUUGCAAAGCACGUCAUGGGUAUCCAUAUGGGUGGUCGAGGUCUAGAAGAGCAAGUCGAGGGUGAAGUCCCCGUUGAAAAAAUGAGACGGUAUAUGAGCUACUGUAAAUCUCGCUGUGCACCCCGCCUCUCCCCCGAAGCCGCUGAAAAGUUAUCCUCGCAUUUCGUUUCGAUCCGAAAACAAGUCCACGCCUCCGAACUCGAAGCCAACGCACGAUCCAGCAUCCCCAUCACAGUUCGUCAACUCGAAGCCAUCGUCCGUAUAACCGAAGCCCUGGCCAAACUCACUCUUUCCCCCGUAGCAACCGAACGCCAUGUCGAUGAGGCGAUUCGGCUUUUCUUAUGCUCAACUAUGGAUGCCGUGACGCAGGGUUCGGCGAAUCAGGGUAGUAGGGAAUUAGCGGAGGAAGUCGCGCGUGUAGAGCAGGAACUCAGGAGACGGUUGCCGAUUGGUUGGAGCACUAGUUUGGCUACGUUACGACGGGAGAUGGUGGAGGGGAGGGGCUUUAGUGAACAGAGCUUGAAUAGAGCACUUAUGCUUAUGCAGAGACGGGAUACGAUUAUGUUCCGUAAUCAGGGCGCGCAGGUUUAUCGGAAUGGUGCGUGAUGGAGUACGAGAUGGUUGAAUGUGGAGAAAUGGUUCAUGACGACAGCUGUUUUAAUGGUUUAGGAGUUCAGGUUAUUUUAUGCCGGACGAACAUAUGGCCAUGAUGAUUCUGGGAUGUCUGUUAGUCGCGAUGAGUAUAAUACAGUAGUUACGUACCUAAUUACGAUGUCACAGGCCUCAUACAUAAUGGAUUGAAUGCAUCGUCACUCGCGUCAUAGACCCAA